CGCACACAGCACAGCUCCCUUUAUCUACCAUGGCUACGGAGGAUCAGGAGUUCGUGAAGCUGGUCAGUGCAGAGGGUGCAGAAUUUUGGGUCGACCGAAAGUGUGCCAUGGUGUCGGGAACCAUCAAGGCAAUGCUUAGCGGGGGGUUCGGAGAGGCGGCAUCGGGACAGGUGCACUUCGCCGAAAUCUCGACACCAAUAUUGGAGAAGGUCAUCCAGUUCGUGUAUUACAAGGUGCGAUACACCAACAGCGCGACCCGCAUCCCAGAGUUUCACAUCGAGCCGGAGCUGGCGCUGGAGUUGCUCAUGGCCGCAAACUUUCUCGACUGCUGAUUGGUCGAUUCCCUGGCUCGCCACAUGCACGGUGCUGCUCGGGGCGCAGCCGGCGGCGACUCAGCUAUCUUGGUUUCGGAGGAACUCUCGCUUCAGAGGCAGGGAGUGCACGAGCGGUGGGACGGCGAAGCGGUGCCGAGGUAGAUUUAGAUGGUACUGAGUUGGGCACCACUUCACGGUCCCCCAAGAGGCUCACACCGUGUUUGGAGGUGGACCGUCCUCCUUGAUGGAACGGAUGAAUGUUCGGCAGGCUGUGGACCCACCCGCCAGCCGCC